CUUUAUUUUCAGCUUCAAAAGUCAUACCACGAAAAAUGCCGAGACAUGAUUCAACAAGAAAACCAGCUUGAUACUGCCAGAUCUUCAGUAACCGUCCCCAUAAAAGAACUUGAAAAGUUGAAGGCCAAGGUUGACAAAAGCCGGGAGGCAAUGGAUAAAUCAGACGGCUUAUAUAAACAGUCGGUAGAGAAUUUGGAGCAGGCGCGUAUCACCUGGGAAACAGACAUGGAAGAAGGGUGUCAGCUUUUCCAACAACUUGAAGAAGAUCGGAUAUAUAAAUUACGUGAUAUUUUAUGGAAGUGUACAAAUAUUGAUUCACAAGUCUGUGUUGACUGUGACGAGAGUUGUGAGAUAGUUCGGCAGUGCUUAGAGAAAUGUGAUAUCCAGAAAGAAAUGCUUGAUUUUAUUCAAACAAACAUGACCGGAACCGAUCGACCAGUUCGUAUCGAAUAUGAAAAUUAUUUUGACAACAGCCGGGAUAAAUCUCCGAUAUUGCGAAGACGGCCCCCGCAACUGUUACCCCCUUUGAAAUCACCAAAGAGACUGAGUCCGAAAAACAGCAAUGAUUAUAGCGUGUAUUCGUCCAUUAGUUAAAGAGACAAGCUUCGGAUUGAAUUUGAAUACUUAAAUUUUCCAAAGACUACAUAAAUUAGGCGUUACAAGACAACUUAAAUCUUUGUGUUUCAAAACAGUGGAUAUUUGGCUUGUUUUCAGCUUGUGCUUUAUGGUGUACGAUUGUUUAUGGUAAAUUGUGCGACAAUUUAAUUAAUUUUGAUUUACUCGUAAAAAUAAGCUCCGGCAUUGACAAUUUACAUUGAAUUUUUGAAUGUUUCUUUGAAUAUUCAUAUUGAAUAUUGAGAGGACAUAAGUCCUUCGUUGAAGUUCCAAAAUGCGUUGAAAGACAUUGACAUUGUACAUAUAUAUA